CAGAUCCUUAACUGGUUUAUAUUAAAAAAAGGAAGCUGAGAUGAAAUCUCAUUUGAAACAUUGUAAAUCCACAAGGAUAUCCCUCAAAUCCAACCAUGAUUUCCGCCAUAUCUGCAUUGCCUUAAACCCAAAACCCAGUAUCUUUAUUCCCCAUUAAAUCCAAUAUCUCUACCCCAACUCCAUGAAUGGAUCAACUUAUAGCAAUUCCAAGCCCUUCACGUAUUCCAAAACCCUAACCAGUUGCUAACUUCAGUCUCUCAUAUAUUUCAUUUCCAAAUAAGGCUUAAACUUCCUGGUUUCAUUUACAUUAGAAGAUCUGAACCAUGACCCAAUUUAGGCAACUCAUAUCUCCACACCCCUACAAUGAAGGAUUUAAACCCCUCAGCUCCACCCCAACAUCAUAAUCCCCCCUCUCUCUCGCUCUCUUAACCCGAUCAGGCGUUUCUCUCUCCCUCUACAGCUUCUUUCUUGCACUAGAGGAGCAAUGGAGUCGAAGAGCUCAACUAGUUCAGAGUUAUGGACUCGCAGGUGCCCAACAGGUCCACUCGCCCUAGCACUUGACCUCACCCUUGGUGGCACUGGUCUCGAGCCAGAGGCACGUGCUUUGGUCCAGCGUCUCUACCCGUGCAUGUAUUGCGACCGCAAGUUCAUAAGUUCUCAGGCACUCGGAGGCCACCAAAACGCGCACAAGAAGGAGCGCUGGGCAGAUCAACGAAAGAACCCAAGUUCGAUCCGUCAUCUCUGUAACUUGGCUCCAUUGCCUUCGAACCUUUUCAUAAGAUCUCCUUUUGUGGGUAUGGAUCUACGAGCGCAGAUGCACUACUGGGUUCGACCUGGGUCUGCACCCUCUUAUGGGGUGGGCACGAUGCCUAGUGAGCCUAAGGGAGGAUUUGGGCUCUCAGAGGAGGACAUGACUUUGUUGGGACAAGAGAGAAAGACCAGGAUUCCCGUGGAUGUGGACCACAAAAUUGAGGACCUUGAUUUGUCUCUGCGGCUUUGAUUUGUC